CGAUAAAUUUGGACCAACCUCCAAACACUUCGUGCGGUCGUUCGACAAACAUGCAUCUAUCCAUUUCCUCUCCCUCCUAUAUAACAAUAUAUCCUCCUUCAUUUCACUCUACGUUCAUCAAAUCAUUGAAAUAGACAAGGGAAGUAAGAUAGCAUAUCUCAUAGCAACGUAUUCAACGAAAUGUCUUCAACAAAAGUAACAGGAAUAGGAAUGAUGAUUCGCAGGCAUAAUCUCCUUUACGCCUCAAGACCUGCUCUCUUCGCCAAUGGUCAGUUAGGCGGCGGUUUCGCCUCCUUCUCCGACUCUGAUUCUCGCCCUGAGGAUGAAGGUAAUGCACUGGCAGAUAGGGCAAAUCAAACAAUGGGGAAGAUGAUGGGUGCAGCUAAAGACACCAGUGAGAACGUUAAAGAUCGAGUCACCGGAACUAACACCAGCCACCCAAGUAAGGACCCAGAGCUUAAUCAUGGCGUUGAGAAGACCGAUAAUAGCUGUGAAGACGUGAGGGAUCGACCCGGUGGAUACAGCUGAACCAUCGGAAUCAAUGGAGUUGGCUCGACUUUCGUUUCAUCAAAAGGAUUCAUCGGAAUCAAUGGAGUUUGCUCACUUUUCCUUGAAUAAAAUAGCAUUGUAUGUGUUAUUAUUUUGUCUUCUAUAUAUAGUUCUUGUAAAUAAAAUGAAAUACGGUUGCUGUUAUUAUUAUAUACUUCUCUUCUUUCUCUUGUGUUGUAUAUUUUAGGUC